AUGUCGCGCUACGCUGAAGCCCACGUUAAGCCAAACGGCCCUGGUGACGCGCGCCCGACGGCCCUGCAAAUCAUCAAGGACGAGGGCGUUGAAGGCAAGCUCAAGGGCAAGGUCAUUGUCAUCACCGGUACGUCUUCCGGCAUCGGCAUCGAAACCACUCGCGCCCUGGCCACCACCGGCGCCACCCUCUUUCUCACCGCCCAAAACGUCAGCAAGGCCCAAUCCGCCCUCACUGGUAUCUUUAAACCUUCUUGUAUGGAGAUUAUCGAAAUGGACCAGGCAAACCUUUCUUCCGUCCGCGCCGCCGCUACCGCCAUUCUCGCCAAGACCUCCAAUAUUCACCUCCUCAUAAAUAAUACCGGCAUCAUAGCCAUCCCCGACCUACGCCUAACCGCCAAUAGCCACGAGCUCCAGUUCGAUACGAACCACCUCUCGCAUUUCCUCUUCUACAAGCUCUUAGAGCCCGCUCUCCUCGCUGCCGCCUCCCUCGACCUCCCGUCCCGCAUCGUCAAUCUCACUUCCUCGGCCCACAUCAUCCAAGGGAUCAAUAACUCCAACAAUUACGACUUCUAA